AUGGCAGGUGAUCUGUGGUCUGAGAUCGUUAAAUCCGAGGAAGAAGGCGGAGAUAGAUUCGGAGAUAUACCCAAGAUCGAAGCUGUAUAUCAGAGAAGAAAGAAACCCGAGAAGCUCUCCGAAGAAGCUGCAGAUUUAGGCUGCUCGGUGAAAGAGGCUCGUGCUAGUUUGAUAAAUGGACAGAAGAGAGAUAGCUGGACUCGUUCCCUUUCCACCAGAGGGAGGGAGAGUAUUGCGGUGGGCGCUUAUGUAAACAAUCAGCCUCAGAAGAAGCCAGCCGGGAGGAAAAAGCCACCUAUUCCAAAGGGGAAAGUAGUUAAAGCUCCAGACUUCCAGAAAGAGAAGGAAUACUUUAACGAGGUUGAUGCUUUUGAGCUUCCGGAAGAGAGUCCCUCUCCUAGUACCAAGAAUUCUACUUGGACCAUGGGUGAACAAGUUGUUCCUGAGAUGCCACAUCUCUCCACAAGAUUAGAAAAAUGGCUGAUCUCGAAGAAGUUAAAUCGUUCUUGUGGUCCUUCAAGCACACUCUCUAAGAUUCUUGAAAACUCAGCUACACCCUUGGAGCCAAUAUGUGAUGAUGAUGCCAUUAAUUCAUUGGCUCUAAAAACCCCAGAAAAGUCUUCUGCUAGCUACACUUCAGAUUUCCGGCUCAGACCGAGCUGCGAUGACAGCUUAGCUGGAGAAGAUGUGCCUGUUAGAAAUAUCAAGACGGAAGAAAUCGACCUUGAAGAUGAGCUGAAGCGACUUUCUUUGACGUCUGAUCUGAUCUCCACCCAUCUAGAUCUUGAGAAGCCAUUUCUUGAUCUAUUGUCUGCUUGUGGACAGAUGCAACCAUCGAACUUCAUGGAAGCAUUCUCUAAAUUCUGUGAACCAGAAAGCAUUGUCAAGAUUGGUGAAGGUACAUAUGGAGAGGCUUUUCGGACUGGUCCUAGUGUCUGUAAAAUAGUUCCAAUUGAUGGAGACUUAAGGGUUAAUGGAGAAAUACAGAAGAGAGCUGACGAACUACUUGAAGAAGUGAUACUCUCAUGGACUCUUAAUCAACUAAGAGAAUGUGAGACUGGAGCUCAGAAUUCUUGUUGUUCGUUUAUAAAAACUCGAGAUAUAAAAGUAUGCCAAGGUCCCUAUGACCCUAUAUUGAUAAAAGCAUGGGAAGAAUGGGAUGCAAAACAUGGCUCUGAGAAUGAUCACCCAGACUUUCCUGAGAAACAAUGUUAUGUCAUGUUUGUUUUGGAACAUGGUGGCAAAGACCUUGAAAGCUUCGUUCUUUUGAACUUUGAUGAAGCACGAAGCUUACUGGUUCAGGUCACGGCUGGCCUAGCUGUUGCUGAAGCUGCUUUUGAGUUCGAGCAUCGAGACCUGCACUGGGGAAACAUUCUUCUGAAUCGUAAUAACUCGAGUACUUUGCCUUUUAUUCUCGAGGGAAAACAAGUUCUCAUCAAAACUUUUGGGGUCCAAAUAUCCAUAAUUGACUUUACUCUUUCAAGGAUCAAUACUGGUGAAAAGAUACUCUUUCUNGACCUUACUUCUGAUCCAUACCUUUUCAAAGGACCAAAAGGAGAUAAACAAGCGGAAACUUACAGAAAGAUGAAGGCGGUUACUGAAGAUUACUGGGAAGGAAGCUUUGCUCGAACAAAUGUUCUCUGGUUAAUCUACCUCGUGGAUCUCUUACUGACCAAGAAGUCAUUCGAGCGGUCUUCAAAGAACGAAAGAGAACUACGGUCACUGAAGAAGCGGAUGGAGAAGUAUAAAUCAGCUAAAGAGGCUGUUUCAGAUCCUUUCUUCUCAGAUAUGUUGAUGGACCAAAUAUCAUGA